CAACACAAAAAAAAAAAAAAAAAAAGUGGGGGAUGCACGAUAGUUAGCAUACGCCUUCAAUGGUUCUGAGGUUCCAUCUUCUCACCCCCCUCACCACAAGCUCACUCCUCCCCCACCCUCUCACUCUAAAUCAAAGUCUGAUUGAAGAAAAGAAAGUCCAGAGAGAGAUAGAGUGAGAGCCCAAAAGCAAAAGGAGAAAUGAAGCAGAGUUCACCUGAGGCAGUCUCGUCUUCAUCCUCUGCACCCGCUCUGUCCGACCAUUCUCAGCCGUCCGCUUUAUCAUCAUCAUCAUCAUCAUCUUCAUCCGACAAAGCCUCAUCAAUAUCAACCGCGGCCGCUGCUGAGGACCUGGCGGUGGGGUCCAGGGAUGGCGGAGGUGGGGCCCAUGAGUGCGUCACUGUUGAACGGCUCGGCGAGUUCUCCGCCGUGUGCAAAUGGACGGUCCAUAACUUCCCGAGAAUCAAGGCUAGGGCUCUGUGGAGCAAGUACUUCGAGGUCGGCGGCUAUGAUUGCCGCCUCCUUGUGUACCCCAAGGGUGACUCGCAAGCCUUGCCAGGGUACAUCUCAAUCUACCUCCAAAUCAUGGACCCUCGCGGCACAUCCUCCUCCAAGUGGGACUGCUUCGCCAGUUACCGCCUCGCCAUCGUCAACGUCGCCGACGAUUCCAAGACCAUUCAUCGCGAUUCUUGGCACCGCUUCUCCAGCAAGAAGAAAUCCCACGGCUGGUGCGAUUUCACUCCCUCCUCCACUGUUUUCGAUUCCAAAUCCGGUUUUCUUUUUAAUAGCGACACAGUUUUGAUAACCGCCGAUAUAUUAAUCCUCAAUGAGUCCGUUAAUUUCACCCGCGAUAACAAUGAGGUCCAGUCCUCCUCGGCCUCUUCGACGAUUUCGUCGUCGGUGGUCGCCAGCCCGGUCUCCGACGCGUUAAGCGGCAAGUUCACUUGGAAAGUGCGUAAUUUUAGUUUGUUUAAGGAAAUGAUCAAAACGCAGAAGAUAAUGAGCCCGGUCUUCCCGGCCGGAGAGUGCAAUCUUAGGAUUAGUGUGUAUCAGAGCUCUGUGAAUGGGGCAGAGUAUUUGUCAAUGUGUUUGGAGAGUAAGGACACGGACAAGACGGUUAUUUUGUCCGAUAGGAGUUGUUGGUGUUUGUUCCGAAUGUCCGUAUUAAAUCAGAAGCCCGGCUCGAAUCACAUGCACAGGGACUCGUAUGGGAGGUUUGCAGCGGAUAAUAAGAGCGGGGACAAUACAAGUCUGGGUUGGAAUGAUUAUAUGAAGAUGUCGGAUUUUUUUGGGCCGGAAACUGGGUUUCUGGUUGAUGACACUGCGGUAUUUAGUACGUCCUUUCAUGUGAUUAAGGAGUUUAGUAACUUUUCCAAGAGUGGAGGAUUGAUUGGAGGGAGGAGUGGGAGUGGGAGUGGGAGUGGGAGUGGGAGUGGGGCGAGGAAAUUGGAUGGGCAUAUGGGGAAAUUCACUUGGAAGAUUGAGAAUUUCACGAGGUUGAAGGAUCUUUUGAAGAAGAGGAAGAUUACGGGUCUUUGCAUCAAGAGCAGGAGGUUUCAGAUUGGGAAUCGGGAUUGCCGUCUCAUCGUUUAUCCGCGAGGGCAGUCUCAGCCACCAUGCCAUCUUUCAGUGUUUCUUGAAGUUACAGAUUCACGAAAUACGUCAAAUGAUUGGAGUUGUUUUGUUAGUCACCGGUUGUCUGUUGUGAACCAGAAGAUGGAAGAGAAGUCUGUCACGAAGGAAUCCCAGAACCGUUACUCCAAAGCUGCAAAGGACUGGGGUUGGCGUGAAUUUGUGACGCUCACUAGUUUAUUUGAUCAAGAUUCGGGAUUUCUUGUUCAGGACACAGUUGUCUUCUCUGCGGAGGUGCUUAUAUUGAAAGAGAUGUCAAUAAUGCAGGACAUUUCUGACCAGGAAACUGAGUCUAACAAUGCUGGUUCACAUAUAGACACAGUAUGGAAAAGAAGUUCAUUUACAUGGAAGGUGGAGAACUUCUUGUCAUUUAAGGAAAUAAUGGAGACCCGCAAAAUAUUUAGCAAAUUUUUUCAAGCUGGUGGAUGUGAGCUUCGGAUUGGGGUGUACGAGUCCUUUGAAACUAUCUGUAUAUAUUUGGAGAGUGACCAGUCAGUUGGUAGUGAUCUGGAUAAAAAUUUUUGGGUUAGAUACAGGAUGGCUGUUGUGAACCAAAAGAACCCGGCCAAGACAGUGUGGAAGGAGUCUUCUAUUUGUACAAAGACAUGGAAUAAUUCUGUUUUACAAUUUAUGAAGGUUUCAGAUAUGUUGGAAGUGGAUGCUGGGUUUCUUGUGCGUGACACUGUUGUUUUUGUCUGUGAAAUUCUAGAUUGCUGCCCUUGGUUUGAGUUUUCAGAUCUAGAGGUUUUUGCUUCGGAUGAUGAUCAGGAUGCUUUGACAACCGAUCCUGAUGAACUCGUUGACUCUGAAGACAGUGAAGGAAUUAGUGGUGAUGAAGAAGAUAUAUUUAGAAACCUUCUCUCUAGAGCUGGUUUUCACCUCACAUAUGGAGAUAAUCCUUCACAGCCACAAGUCACCCUACAAGAAAAGCUUCUAAUGGAUGCUGGUGCAAUUGCUGGUUUUCUAACUGGACUUCGUGUGUACCUUGAUGACCCUGCUAAAGUUAAGCGCUUGCUUCUUCCAACCAAGCUCUCUGGUAGUAAUGAUGGAAAGAAGGCCACAAAGUCUGAUGAAUCUUCCCCCAGUUUGAUGAACUUGCUGAUGGGAGUCAAAGUUUUGCAGCAGGCAAUCAUUGAUUUACUGUUGGAUAUUAUGGUUGAGUGUUGCCAACCUUCUGAUGGGAGUUCUAUUGGUGGUUCUACUGAUGCAAACUCAAAACCUUCUCCAGAUGAAAAUGGAGCUGCCACUCCACUGGAAUCUGAUAGGGAGAAUGGUGCAUCAGAAUCUGUGCCGUUUCCUGUAUAUGAGAGAUUGGAUUCUGGUGUCGAUGAAGGUGGUAGUGCAUCUGCUGUACAAAGCUCUGACAUGAAUCUGUUAGGUAGACCAGAAAAAGCUCUUCCUGGACAACCCAUCUGUCCACCAGAAACAUCUGCUGGGGCGUCAGAGCAUGUACCCAUUCACUCAAAGACAAAAUGGCCAGAGCAAUCAGAGGAGCUAUUAGGCUUGAUUGUAAAUUCGCUGAGAGCCCUAGAUGGAGCUGUUCCACAAGGAUGUCUGGAACCAAGACGGCGGCCUCAGUCUGCUCAAAAGAUUGCUCUUGUAUUGGAUAAAGCUCCCAAGCAUUUGCAAGCAGAUCUCGUUGCUUUGGUACCCAAAUUGGUUGAGCAAUCUGAACAUCCACUGGCUGCUUGCGUUCUCCUUGAACAACUUCAAAAGCCAGAUGCAGAACCUGCAUUGAGGAUACCUGUUUUUGGUGCUCUUAGUCAACUUGAGUGUGGCAGUGAAGUGUGGGAACGGGUUUUGUUUCAAUCGUUUGAUCUCUUGACUUGCUCAAAUGAUGAACCUCUUGUCACGGCCAUAGAUUUUAUAUUUAAAGCUGCAUCACAGUGUCAACAUCUUCCUGAAGCGGUCAGAUCUGUCCGUGUUAGGCUAAAAAAUCUGGGCAUUGAAGUUUCUCCUUGUGUCCUCCAUUUUUUAAGUAGAACUGUAAAUAGUUGGGGAGAUGUUGCUGAAACCAUACUUAGAGAUAUUGAUUGUGAUGAUGAUUUUGGUGAAAAUUGCUCAACAAUGCCAUGCGGGCUUUUAUUAUUUGGUGAAUAUGGUUCCGCUUCUGAAAGACUGCAUCUUGUGGAGGAGCAGGAUCUCUGUGCCAGUCGUCAUUUUUCUGACAUUUAUAUUCUGAUUGAAAUGUUAUCUAUACCUUGCCUUGCUGUUGAAUCUGCUCAAACAUUUGAGAGAGCUGUAGCUCGAGGUGCUGUUUUGGCCCAAUCAGUAGCCAUGGUCUUGGAAAGGCGCCUCACUCAAAGAUUGAAUCUUAGUGCCAGUUUUGUCGGUGAUUACCAGCAUACAGAAUCUGUAGUAGAGGGUGAGGCCAAUGAGCAGCUAACAAUCCAACCUGAUGAUUUUACUUCACUUCUUGGUCUUGCUGAGACAUUGGCCCACUCAAGGGACCCUUCUGCAAAGGAAUUUGUAAAGGUCCUGUACACAAUAUUGUUUAAAUGGUAUGCUGAGGAAUCUCACCGAGGAAGGAUGCUGAAGAGACUUGUUGACCAUGCCACUAGCACGACAGAUAAUAGUCGUGAAGUAGACUUAGAUUUGGAUAUAUUGGUUACUUUGGUUUUUGAGGAGCACGAAAUUGUUAGACCAAUUUUGAGCAUGAUGCGGGAGGCUGCUGAACUUGCUAAUGUUAAUCGAGCUGCUCUUUGGCACCAGCUCUGUGCCAUUGAAGAUGAAAGCAUUCGCAUGCGUGAUGAAAGAAAAGCUGAAAUUUCCAAUAUGGCUAAAGAAAAAGCUGGCAUUUCACAGAAACUGAGUGAAUCGGAGACCAACAUCAAUCAUCUCAAGUCUGAAAUGAGGGCUGAGAUGGAUCGGUUUGCUCGGGAAAAGAAGGAGCUCUCUGAGCAAAUACAAGAAAUUGAAAGUCAGCUUGAGUGGUUUCGCUCUGAGCGGGAUGAUGAAAUUUCAAAGCUUACUGCUGAGAAGAAAGCUCUUCAGGAUCGCCUUCAUGAUGCAGAGACACAACUCUCCCAAUUGAAGUCACGUAAACGCGACGAAUUGAAGAAAGUUUUGAAGGAGAAAAAUGCUCUUGCUGAAAGGUUGAAAGGUGCUGAAGCUGCACGGAAAAGAUUUGAUGAAGAACUGAAACGUUAUGCCACAGAGAAUGUGACUCGAGAGGAAAUCCGUCAGUCAUUGGAGGAUGAGGUUCGCAGAUUGACCCAAACAGUGGGGCAAACUGAAGGAGAGAAGCGGGAGAAGGAAGAACAGGUUGCACGGUGUGAAGCAUUUAUUGAUGGGAUGGAAUCGAAAUUGCAAGCCUGCCAGCAAUAUAUUCACACCCUUGAGGCUUCACUUCAGGAGGAAAUGUCACGACAUGCCCCUCUAUAUGGUGCCGGCUUAGAAGCUCUAUCAAUGAAGGAGUUGGAAACAUUGGCACGUAUUCAUGAAGAAGGGCUUAGACAGAUCCAUGCUCUUCAUCAGCGGCAGGGGAGUCCAGCUAGCAAUCCUCUUGUGAGCCCCCACAACCUUCCACACAAUCAUGGUUUAUACCCUGCUGCACCACAUCCAAUGGCCGUCGGAUUGCCUCCUUCACUAAUAUCGAAUGGGGAUGGCAUCCACAGCAAUGGGCAUGUGAAUGGUGCGAUUGGGCCCUGGUUUAACCAUACUUGAAUUUUUGGAUCACAAUCCUUUUUUGCCAAUAUAGGCAUUUGUCCACUCAAUUCAAUAGAGCUGGGUGACAUCUCAAUCUGAAGGCAUGCAUGCUAUAUUCUCUUUUUUGAGUUAUUGUUUUUGCUUUUUCCCAUAUUGACUGGUAGAACUGUUGGAAUGCUCAUGGAGGAAGAGAAGGAAUAACAAAGUUGGAUGAAUGGGGAGGAUUGGUUUUAGAGUUGAAACGAGGAAGUGAGUCCAAUAGAACUAACAGUUGCAAAUGCCACAUUUUGCAUCGUUCUCUUACAGUUAUUCAUAGGUUUUUUGAAUUUUUUUGUUAAUUGUGUUUCAUUUACAUUCUCAUAAGUUUUGGUUUUUUC